AUGUAUUCAGUCAUUUUUUAUAAAAACAAAAUUUCAGAUUUGAUUUUUAGUUUUCCUUGCACUUACAAAAGCAUAAGUUUGGCAGCAAUUUUACUUCCAAUUCCUAUCCUAUUGCUUUCACGAAUUUGUAAGCGAAUUCCCCAGCUUUCGAAUCCAAAUUCUUAUUCCAAUGAAAUCAGAUACGUAUUUCCUCAAUUAGUAAUAAAGCAAGAUCUACCAUACAAUACAAGUGUACACAUAAUUCGAGGAUUAUAUCAAGACUUUUCUAUCUAUUCACCUGAAUAUAUUGGAAAUGCAACUACAGCAGAUUUAUUUACCCUUGCCUUUGCAACUAUCUACUAUGCAACAUAUGAGAAUGUUAUUUGCAGAACAGAUCUUUCAUUUUAUUCUAACAACUCAAUAUACAUGCAAAACGUUAAUUGUAGGACAAGAUUUUAUAAUUACUCAUCAAAAGAACACCCAUAUAUAGAUAUUAAAUAUAAUAGUUAUGAUAACGUAAUUUGUAUUGGCCACCAACACUCAUCAGACUUUGGCCACUGGAUGAUAGAAACAUUUCCACUCAUGUGGUAUAUACCCAAGAGUGUUUUGAACCAAAGCGUCAUUGCGAUUCCGAGAAUAUCUCAAUUUGUUGUUGAUUGUUUAAGUAUUCUUGGCGUUAAGAAGUCAAGCAUCAUAUAUGGUGAUGACCUUUAUUUCCAUGCUAAAAAACUCCAUACAGUUACUGCUCCAUAUUGCGAUUAUAUUUCAUAUCAAGCAAUCCUUAAUCAUAGAAAAAACAUAGUGAACUCUCUUUCAUUAGAUAAGGUUAAGCCAUCUCGCCUAGUGUUUUUUAAUAGAAAAAGAGGGAUGUCGAGAUAUCUUGCAAACAUUGAAAUGUUAAUAGAAGAAGCAUCACGCAAGUACACGAACUCAACAUUUGAAUUAGGAAUAUUUUAUGACAGAAUCGUGGAUCAGAUAAAAUAUUUCAAUGAAAUUAAAUUAUUAAUGGCUGUUCAUGGAUCUCUUAUGGCAAAUUUGAUAUUUAUGCAGCCUGAAACUUAUGUUAUUGAAAUUCAAAUGGAACAUAUCUUUUUCUGCUUCUUGAGAACAGCAAUCUUUACUGGAAAAAAGGUUACUGUAGUACGGGAUCAGUCAAUAUCAUAUAGGUCUAUCCAGGAUAAUAUGGUGAAUAUAAGCAUGGCCAUGUCUGCCUUAGAUAUAGUAAUGAAAAAUAUGUUGGGUACAAAUACAUUUAAGAGGAUUAAUUUUGAUGAUGACUAA